AUGGCGACACCAGUCAAAAAUUCUGUUCAUGGUCAAAUUAAAAUCAAAGGUGAAAAAGCCUAUUUUCGUGGCGAUGAAAUUCUCUGUAUUUCUGUUCGUGAUACACUUCGAUACGAUGCAGAAUGUAUUGUCUUAGGCUCAAUUACUAUCCGUUUAGAACAAGGACACAAAAUGCCGAUUAUUUAUCGAUGUUUAUAUGAUCCAAAAAAAGCACAUAUGGAAUUCGAUCAAAUUAAAUCCAUACCUGGUGGUAUCACUCUAUCAGCAACUAUUGAAAGAAACGAUCAAUUACUAUAUGCAAAUAAUACAGAUCUACCAUUAGCAGAAGAAGUUGAUAUUGAAUUAGUUAAAAUUGAGUGA